AUGUCGGCGGCUACACCAGCGUCGUCGCAGUCGCCACCUGCUGCUUCGCCAGGAAAUGCAUCCCAGGACCCAACACCAGCUUUAUCAUUACCUGAACGCGUAAUCUUGGACUACCUUCGAGCAAGAGGACAUACUUCCGCAGAGAAAGCAUUCCUCGAAGAGGUUGAAGAUCGCCCACCAGAGGAAAAGUCAAAGAAUGAAACACUUGGUCAGGAAGAACUGGUUCGGGCUCUAGCUGUCUAUGCCCAGAAGCCUUCGAGGCCCGGGGAGAAUGCCCUCAAAGAAUCAUCGACAGUCCUGCAGGAGUUGGGCACUAUGGGCAACCCUGUCAACAUUCAAAGCCUUAUUGCCAGUAUUGAAGAUGUCGGAGCUGAAGAACUACUUGCGCUUGACCCCACGGACAAGGAGAUUGGCUUUGCAGAACUCGAAGCAUGGGUCGAUGGAUCGUUGGAUAUGUACCGUCCCGAGUUCAGACCAAUUCUCUUUCCUAUAUUCUGCCAUUUCUAUCUGGAUUUGAUUCAGCAAGGAUUCAAGGAAGCAGCACUCCGAUUCUUUAACACUUUUUCCCCAUCCCUGGCAACAUCACAUACAGCGACAAUCCAUCACCUAUCUACCCUCCUCCUCCCUGCUCAUGUUCAAGCCGAUGAGCUUGCCCAACGUUUCAGGAAUGAGAAAUACGUCCUCCGAAUGAGCCGUUCUGGUUUUAGUCUGUUGGUCGGGUGGUUAACAGAGGGGUUUGGCGGAGAGGCAAUGGGUUCUGGAGAUGGAUUCACCGGAGAACAGGGCAAACGAGGUCGUGCAGCAGUCAUGCGAGUAGUCAACAACCACCUCAAAUUUGACGUAACAUCCUCAAACCCUACUUCUGUCUCGCCGCAUGCAUGGGAGGAAUCGACUGGCCUCCUUUCUUCCCUCAUCCCUUCAGCUGCCGGGGGAAAAACUGCUGCAAACCCUCAAGCCUUCAAUGCCAGUAAAGGCGAACUGAAGCUAGGCCCUGCGCCGAUUUCAGAAGAGCUGCGAAAUGAGACAGAACGAGUCCUUCGCGAGCAAGCAAUGGUCAGCGGGGACCCCACAGCGCACAUGGAUUUACAAUACACUCGACCGGUCCCCCCUGCUGGACUCGUGGCGCCGACAGAAGCAGACCUUUUACCCCACCCACCCACCUUCAAAUCCGUCGAUGUCGAGAGGGAAGUGAGUGCCGUCCGAGAUGCUAGGAAACGAAUUCGUCUGGACCCUUCGGCAAUCGGCAAUGUUGACUUGAACUCUCCUCAAGCGACUUCACUUAAAGUACGCGCUCUCCCGAGCGUAUGCGCAUACACGUUACAUGAUGUAACCGAAGGCGCACCAUGCAUGACAUUCUCCCAAGACACUUCUCUGAUGGCAGCUGGCUUUGCAGAAAGCUAUAUCCGUUUAUGGAGUCUCAAAGGCGAAAAGCUUAGAGGUUUGAGAAGUGACUUUUCUUCAAGCUCUGUCAAAGAUGCCGCAUCUCUGCAGAAAAUCAGGGAAAAGAAGGGAAGCACUACACGGAAACUAAUAGGCCACAGCGGGCCUGUUUAUUCCGUAGAUUUCGACCCUGUAAACGGCUCCGCUGCUCCACCGAAGUAUUUGUUGUCCUCCUCAGCCGAUGCAACAGUCAGAUUAUGGUCUAUGGAUACCUUGACAAACGUCGUCGCCUUCCGAGGACACGAGAACCCAGUGUGGGAUGUUAAAUGGAGUCCCAUGGGAAUUUACUUUGCGACCGGAAGCAGGGAUCGCACGGCGCGGUUGUGGUCGACAGACAGAACGGCGUGCUUGCGAAUAUACGCCGGUCAUUUGGGAGAUGUGGAUUGCGUCGGGUUCCAUCCUAAUUCUUUAUAUCUGGCUACAGGGUCCAGUGACUGGACAGCUCGUCUGUGGGAUGUCCAACGAGGCGCGAGCGUUCGUGUCUUCGUCGGACAUCAGGGACCUGUGUCGUGUCUGACGCUGAGUCCGGAUGGUCGUUAUCUCGCGACAGCUGGAGAAGACCUCGCCAUUAACCUGUGGGAUCUUGGCUCGGGUAAACGCGUCAAGAAGAUGACAGGCCAUACGUCGUCCAUAUACUCGUUGGCCUUUAGUGCGGAGUCGUCACUGCUGGUCAGUGGUGGCGCUGACUGGACUGUGAGGUGUUGGGACGUCAAGAGUGCUGGUGGUCUGAGAGCCAAGCCUACAGAAAAUGGAGACACUGAAAACAAAGCUCGGCCAGGGAACAGAGAGGAAGAGAGCAUUGAAACCGUGGACUUGUUAGCUACUUUCCCGACGAAACGGACACCGAUAACGAACGUUCAGUUCACUCCCCGAAACCUUUGCUUAGUUGGUGGCAACUAUCUCUCUUCAGAGCAGAGAUGA